AAAUAAUAUUAAAAAUGUAGUCUAAUAUUCUGAAACGCUUUUCCAUUACAAACUAUACGUACAAGUUCCCUUGCAUAGACAUUCAUUUUUCUCCAACAAUAUGCUCCUGUUAUCAAAUAACAAUAGACACUCUGGGUUUUUUUUUACACAUAUUGUUUUUAAUUAUAUUUUCCCUAUAUGUGACUUUUGAAUUCGAAAUCCCACAUAUAUUAGCUUUAAUAGUUUUUUUUUUUGGGUUUUCCUUCAACUUUUCUUUUUCCAAUCUUCUUUUUGAAAAAGAAAAGUAGAAAUGGAUAAUUGCAGAGAGAGAAUGGUUUUUGCUGAAAACAAGAAUUCAAAAUAGGGUGAGCCUGAGGUAAUCACGGCAACCCAUGAAAGACUUAAAAGUUGAAAACCAAACUGAUGUGGUAUUGUGUGGGAAAAGGCACAGUUUUUCACCUUAUAAAAAUAGGAAGGAAACUGCGACAGUCAAACACAUCUCCCGCCUUAAUUCAUGGCAUUAUAACAUGGCCCCUCGUUUCAUUAACUUUUCCAACUUUGGUAAGUGUUAAAGAUUGAUUAUAUAUGUAUAUAUAUAAGCUUGAUCCAAUCUAUUACGACUAAGCUUCUUUUUUCCUUGAUUUCUCCAAUGGCCUAUCCUACUCUUUCUUUCCUAGUCCUAUUCAUUCUUUGCAACAUUCUAGCUUCUGCUAAAGAAGCUACACCUCUCGAUGGACUACUACCGAAUGGAAACUUUGAAGUUGGGCCAAAGGCAGUGCACCUGAAUAAAACAGUGAUAAUUGGCAAGUACUCCCUCCCCAAAUGGGUGAUCUCCGGCAUAGUUGAGUACAUCUCCGGCGGGCCCCAGCCGGGCGGGUUCUACUUUGCCGUCCCGCGAGGGAUCCACGCCGUGAGGCUCGGCAAUGAGGCCUCGAUAACACAGUACGUCAGGAAUCUGAAGCCGGGCACGACCUACUCGCUCACAUUUGGCGCAACCAGGACCUGUGCCCAAGAUGAGGUGCUGAGGGUCUCAGUCCCCGGGCUGUACAGCGAUCUCCCAAUCCAGACGCUGUACAGCACUGAUGGAGGGGAUACGUAUGCCUGGAGUUUCAGGGCAAAUUCUAGUGUUGUGAAGGUCACAUUCCACAAUCUCGGGAUGCAAGAAGAUCCAACCUGUGGACCUCUUCUCGAUGCCAUUGCUAUCAAGGAAAGGCUGCCCCUGAAAUUAACACCAGGGAAUUUGGUGAAGAACGGAGGAUUCGAGAAUGGCCCCCACAUCUUCAAGAACUUCUCCACCGGAAUCCUCGUCCUCCCCAUGCGCCAGGACCUGUACUCACCUAUCCCCGGAUGGAUCGUCGAGUCGCUCAAACCUGUCAAAUACAUCGACUCCAAGCACUUCAAUGUGCCAUCGGGGCUUGCAGCAAUCGAAUUUGUGGGAGGCAGAGAAACAGCAAUCGCACAAGUUAUUAGAACAGUUGAACAGAAAUGGUACCAGCUCACAUUCACCGUUGGAGACGCUAAGAACGGAUGCCAAGGGACUAUGACCGUGGAAGCUUUUGCAGGCAGGCAAAGUGCGAGUGUUCAGUUCAUAUCUCAGGGAAAAGGGUGGUUCAAGCAUGCAACCCUUAGGUUUCAAGCAGUUUCAAACAGGACUAGGAUUAGAUUCUGGAAUCCAUUUUAUCAUACUAAAUUGCAUGAUUUUGGUCAUAUUUGUGGCCCUGUUAUUGAUGAUGUGAAGGUUGUUCCAGUUGCUUAGGUCAUAAGUAUGACAAACUACCCAAAACAGUCGUGAUUUUACAUUUCUGAGUUCUAUAAGGUGUUUCUUCUUUCUCAAUUGUUACAAAAAAAAUGAUGAUAUCAAUAAGAAUUUAAAUAUUUAUGCAA